GACAGUUAAGUUAAAACUGUCCCAUCUGCCACCGGCAGGGAGGGCUAACACACUCCGACUGCAGCUGAAGCUGGGCGAAGAUUCCACAGGGAAAGGACAUACGUCAUAGAUCCGGAAGGAGAAAUGGUACAAAUGGGGAUCCGUAGGGCUUCCGGGGCUUCAGCUCUAAUAUCCUGGCCUAGGGGUGGGGCCGAGGUUGGCUCUUAGAGGCCCGCCAGGAAACAGGGGGAAGAGCAACGAAAAUGACGCUAGGGAGCGUCAACGGGGCGGGGCGGGGGCUUGUCUCCCAGCCCCCUUGGGCAGGGGCUAACGGUUUCCGGUAGCAAUGUCCGGCAGGGGCCGGGAAGAGGAGGUGGCAAGACUGUGCCCUGUGAGCCUUGGCUCCCCCAGUAACCCGUACCCCUGCAGCCCCUUCAAGAUGAUGGGCUAUGGGGAGUCAGAGCUGAAAUCGUUGGAAGGGGAGGAAGCCGUGGCGGCCCCGGGACCACCCCCAGAGCCUCGCGCCCCGGAGCCCGGAGUCCCAGUGCCGGACCGUGGCCUGGAUCUGAGCCUGAGCCUGAGCCCGCGGUCUGAGAGCCCCGAGCUGCCGAACUGCAGCCCGAGGCGGGGGAAGGGGCGGGCAAAUCGACAGGGCGGGGCCCGCAAGGGGCGGCAGGUCCGUUUCCGCGUGGCGCCGCCCUCCCCGGUCCGGUCCGAGCCGCUGCCAGUCACCGGCGCACCGAGCGAGAGGCCCGCGGCGUCGCAGGACCUGGGAGCGCCCGCGCAGCACAGCAGCCUGGCUUUGAGCCUCGAGCUGCAGGCCGCGCGGACCGCAGCCGCGGGCCAGUUCGAUGCCGCAAAGGCCGUGGAAGAACAGCUGAGAAAGUCGUUCCAGACCCGCUGUGUCCUGGAGGAGAGCGUGGCCGAGGGGCUGAACGUGCCGCGCUCCAAGCGGCUGUUCCGGGACCUGGUGAGCCUGCAGGUGCCCGAGGAACAGGUUCUGAACGCUGCGCUGAGGGAGAAAUUGGCGCUCCUUCCACCGCAGUCCCGCCCCCCGCCCCCAAAGGAGCCACCUGCGCCAGGGCCAGACAUUACUAUGCUGUGUGACCCAGAAACAUUAUUUUAUGAAUCUCCACACCUGACCCUGGACAGUCUGCCCUCUCUCCGCCUUCAACUCCGCCCACGCCCUUCAGAGGAUACUUUCCUCAUGCAUCGGACACUGAGACGAUGGGAACUGUAAACCUGGAGUCUCCCAGAACUGCUAGUUAGUAUUUUUGUGUUAAAAGUAUCAGAAUAAAGUGGUUUUGCUAACUAA